GCAUGUACCGAAUCGCAUUUACUUUCUAUCAGUCAUUCUUUCACCGCUUUCGAUAGCCUUUCGUUAUCAAGUAGCACAAUUUUAUCGUCAUGGAGCCACCUCAAAAAGGACACGCAAACCUGUUCCAGGUAUAUUUGAGGCUACGGCCUCCUCAGGCUGCAAAUCUAGGCUCCGAACGGUUCCUCUUAGUUGAGGAGCCUGUAGAUCACGACGCCCCCACUCACAUCACUUUGAAUCCACCGAACGAUAGAAGACGCGCCAUUGAGAAAUUCGCGUUUACACGGGUCUUCGAAGAAGAUUCCACGCAACUUGACCUAUUCCAAGGUGUUAAAGUGCUUCCCUUAGUUGAAGAUGUAUUAGCACCCCAUGGUGGUGAUGGUACGGACGGUCUGCUGGCGACCCUUGGGGUCACUGGCUCAGGCAAGACGCAUACGAUGCUUGGAUCGCGGAGCCAGCGAGGUCUAACCCAGCUUGCACUUGAUGUUGUGUUCCGAUCUAUCGAAUCCAAUAUCGUUGACUGUGAGACGACCCCUACUUUAGAGACAAGCAUACGAUCCUCCGACGCGUCUGAGGCGGUUAUAUGUUCUGCAUCAGCAUUUAUCGAGACGAUGUUUACAGACUUCAGCAGCUCACGGGGUGGAUCAAGAGCUACAACACCAAUGAUUGGCGACCAUGCGCCACCGACACCAAAAAAGAACUUACAACGACCGACCGCUUUCCCUCAAGCGCCAGAUAUUAGUUCCGUUAGAGCAUCAUGCGAUCCAUCCGCCGACUACGCCGUCGUUAUUUCGAUGUACGAAGUAUACAAUGAUCGAAUCUUCGACCUUUUGACACCUCCGAUUAGAUCAAACGGUAACAAAGAACCUCGGCGACGGCCGCUCCUUUUCAAGUCCACAGAGCUAUCUCCUGAUCGAAAGGUCGUAGCGGGUCUUCGGAAAGUUAUCUGCGGCACUCUUAAAGACGCACUUAUGGUUCUUGAGGCUGGGCUCCACGAGAGGCGGGUCGCUGGCACGGGUAGUAAUAGUGUAUCGUCGAGAAGUCACGGAUUCUUCUGCGUUGAGGUCAAGAAAAGAAGACGCGGUCGCCACAACGCACGCUGGGGCAAUAGUACUCUAAGUAUCGUCGAUCUGGCUGGUAGUGAACGCGCAAGAGAUGCAAAAACACAAGGCGCAACUUUGGCCGAGGCUGGCAAAAUCAACGAAAGCCUGAUGUAUCUGGGCCAAUGUCUGCAAAUGCAGAGCGAUGCUAGCAAUACAACCAAGCCCAACCUGGUUCCUUUCCGCCAAUGCAAACUCACAGAGUUGCUCUUCGCUAAUUCGUUUCCUACAGGAUCGCUCUCGAGCUCCACAAGCGUAAGCGGGAGGCGCCCACCACAAAAGGGUGUCAUGAUCGUCACAGCCGAUCCUGUAGGGGAUUUUAACGCGACAUCACAAAUUCUUAGGUAUAGCGCUUUGGCUCGCGAAGUCACCGUGCCACGUAUUCCUUCUAUCUCAUCUACAAUACUUGGCAAUGCAAAUAGCUCAGCACUUUCUCAACGCUCGGAAUCAAGUGUCGGUUCCCGUAGUGAUACCAGCUCUCCUGUUCUAACUCAUCAUCGGCCAUAUUAUCAUCCGUCUGCUAGCCAUAGCCAUAAUUUCUCGACUGCGCCCGACACCGAGAGAGCAACUAUGGAAAAUGCUGCUCUCGAGAUUGCUAGAAUGGCAGAUAUGAUAGAUAAGUUGAAUGCAGAGCUAGUAGAGGAAACUGAAAGACGCAUGGCAGCCGAAGCUCACUUGUUAUCCAUGGAAGACCGCAUGGCGGAUUUGGAACAAGAGGUCCGAGAAGAGUGCUACGCAGACUUCGAGCAGCGUUUGGCUCUCGAGAUGAGUCGGUGGAAAGCGACGUUAUCGCUAGAGCAAGAGCGCGGCGAGGAGCACUGGGAUCGCAAAGUGGAAGUGUUGGCUCGCAGCGUGGGCGUCACACUAACUAGUCCAAGCUCCGAUGAGGACAAUGUCGAAGACGAAGAUAAAGAGAAUAUCCUAAUCGAAAACCUAGAGCAGGAGAACGAGCGUUUGAGAAGAGAAGUUGCUAUCUUGAAGCGCGAACUGGCCGGUCGCACGCCAAGCAAACGCACGCCGCUUCGGGAGAGGGGCGACGUACCGAGCGCAAGAGCCUCGUCUUCUACGACGGAUACACUGGGCGAUCUUGGAAGCCGUAUGGAGCAGUUGAGGGUGAACACCGGCGAGGGCAAAAAGGUCCUCAAGGUGUCAAGCAGCGGGAGCCCGACGAAGAAGGUGCGAAAGCUGCAGACUCGGAGGUGGGAGGGUACGACAGCUGAUGACGACUUUUAACGUGAUAUGUGAGACGUGGGACAUGAUAUGAAGCCGGUCAUGAAAAAAAAUCGCUUUUUUUCAAGACCAUGUUAUUAAAAGAAAAAAGGAUUCAAACAUUGAGAUUGCGACUUAGCCAUUGCCGGUUGCGUAAACGCGUUGAG